AAAGCAUCUUCUGGCUGCGCACCUGUGAGGUCACAGUAAGGAAUGCAUGGUGUGACCCCAGCCCCAGCACCACAGGCUGGCACAGCCCCUGGAGCUGGGGGGGACCACUCAUGGACACCCCUAAACCCUAAGGACAAGGGUGUCCCUCGGGAGCGCUGGUCAUGUCAAAACCUGCAGUCGUCAUAGACAACGGCAGCAGCUUCACCCAGGCAGGCUUUGCAGGCCAGAAUAAGCCCGAGUUCGUGCUAAAGACUGUGUCAAUGCAUCCCUGCAGCGCGGGCAUGACGUGGGAGACCCAGCGGCACCCCACUCCUGCUGAAUGCGCAGUGGGCGUUGCUGUAGCACCCAGGACUUACCCGAUCAAGUACGGCAUCAUUGAGGACUGGGAUGGCAUGGAAAACCUGUGGAGCCACCUCUUCUUCUGUGGCCUGAAGGUCCUGCCAGGGGACCAGCCCGUGCUCAUGGCCGACUCGCCGUCCUGCCCCUCCACCAACAGGGAGAAGCUGGCAGAGGUGCUGUUUGAGAGCUUCGGGGUGCCAGCCCUGCACAUGGCCAACACCGCGUUCCUGUCCCUCUGCGCCUAUGGCAGAGUCACUGGUCUGGCCGUGGAGGCUGGGGCAGGAGUGUCCCACGUCACCUCCGUCUGCCUGGGCCAGACCUGGAGGGAGGCGACCUACUGCCUCGGGGUGGCCGGUGGUCACCUCUCGGGCUACCUGCACAGGCUGCUGCUGGACAGCCCCAAUGACCCCUCCGUGCUGAAGGCCCUGAAGAAGAAGACGCUGACCCAGCUGAAGAAGCAAUGCUGCUAUGUCUCCACAGACUAUGAAGGAGACCUCCACAACCAGGCUUGCCAUCAUCCAGCCAGAUUUCAGACCCCUGAUGGGCACUGGAUAACCCUGGGCAAAGAACGGUUCUGCUGCCCCGAGCCGCUCUUCCAACCAAAGCUGCUCCAGCACAGCUCCCCAGGGCUCCACCACUUGGCCUUUCAGAGUCUCCAGAAGGUACCUGACCACACCAGAAAGGACACGAUGGAUAACAUCGUGCUGGCUGGGGGCUCCUCCAUGUUUCCUGGUUUUCCCGAGAGGAUGUGCUUAGAGCUGAACGCCCUGUUCCACGGCACGGGCUGCCGGAUUCGGGUCCUGGCGAUGCCGGAGAGACACACAGCAGCCUGGCUGGGGGGCUCAAUGGCCGCGUCGCUCACGUCCUUCCAGCACGCGUGGAUGGCAAAGGGUGAGUACCAGGAGCACGGUGCCGCGUACGUGCACAAGAUAUUCCAGUAGGCAGAUGGCGGCCAUGCGCUCAGAGCAUCCCAGCGGUGGGAACAGCUCCUGCUGCAGUGGGAGCAUCGCCCGGACACGACCUGGCCCCAGGCAGAGCUGCAGGAGCAGCAGCGACCAAGAGGCAGCUCCUGCGCUGCUGCAGAAGUGUGAAGUCGAUUCAAGCACUCCAAAAGAAGUAAACAGUUUUUCAUUUACAC